GAUAGAGAUUACAAGGUGGCCAUCACAGACAUGGGCAACUACGAACACACAGCGUCAAGCGAGCACUCUGACGAUGAAGAUUUGCUUGACAGUCACCAGGAAAAGUUGGACAUCGAUCUGGAAGAACAGAAAAAUGAGAAACCNAAAAGACCGUCGAGCAGUCUCAUGAUGUGGAUAGCCAUCAAUGUUUUCGCGACAAUUGGCAUUGUAGGCACAUCGGACUGGAAUAUGAAAACAUGGAUGCUGACAGGAGGAGUGCAGGUCUUCACUAACAAACGGAUUUUCUCUGAUCCAUCCCUCAGGGGAGCACAACUCUCGUUCGCAUGCUUCCACUUCUUUGUCACCUUCGCAACUUUACACAUCGUCUCCAGUUCUCGAUUUGGAUACUUCGAGCGCCGUAAAGCUACUGUGAAAGAAAUUCUGCCUUUGGGUGCCGCUAUGUGUUUCAACGUGGUUCUUCCGAAUCUCUCCCUCGCAUUCUCAUCCGUUAUGUUCUACCAGACUAGUCGAAUUCUUCUUACACCGAUCACGGCUAUCCUCAACUACACCUUCUACGGAAAGACCAUUGCAAGGCAGGCAGCGUAUACUCUGAUUCCAGUCUGUUUGGGCGUCGGCAUCGUUUCUUACUACGACGUCAAGCCUGGAGCCAGUACUCAGAGCACAAGCUUCCUUGGUGUUGUGUUCGCAAUGACCGGCGUAGUCGCCAGCUCAGUCUACACUGUUUGGAUUGGGUAUUUCCACAAGAAGCUUCAAUUGACCAGUCAUCAGCUCUUGCACAACCAGAGUCUCUGUGGUGCGGUGAUGCUGCUUUACUUCAUACCAUUCAUCGACGCAUUUCCGGUUUGGUCUGAAGUACCCGUCAGCCGUUGGAUCUUGAUCCUCUUCAGCGGACUCUGUGCCUCUGCGAUCAAUUUGUCACAGUUUGUUAUCAUUGAUGGAGCUGGACCCGUUGCUAGCACUGUAGUUGGCCACUCAAAGACGUUGUCAAUUGUCGCAUUAGGAUGGAUUACGAGUGGGCGUGGUGCAAACGACAGAAGUCUCUUUGGUGUUGUCAUUGCGGUAGGAGGCAUCGUGUUAUAUUCCGUCGCUACGACACUCUUCAAAUAG